AUGACCCGCCCCCACCCGGCCACCACCGGCGCCACCCGCCCCCACCCGGCCACCACCGGCGCCACCCGCCCCCACCCGGCCACCACCGGCGCCACCCGCCCCCACCCGGCCACCACCGGCGCCACCCGCCCCCACCCGGCCACCACCGGCGCCACCCGCCCCCACCCGGCCACCACCAGCGCCACCCGCCCCCACCCGGCCACCACCGGCGCCACCCGCCCCCACCCGGCCACCACCGGCGCCACCCGCCCCCACCCGGCCACCCGCCCCCACCCGGCCACCACCGGCGCCACCCGCCCCCACCCGGCCACCACCAGCGCCACCCGCCCCACCCGGCCACCGCCCACACCUUCCCACCAUACCCAACAUUGCCUGACAAUCUAUCUCACAUAUUCUGCUUGUUAA